AUUUCUUCCUUUUUUCGCUGUCGAAAAAAGAAGACAUUUUGCGGUGCGGGCUGCGAGGCGACAAAGACCCGGAACCGCGAGCAUUGCCGGCGGCCGGCCACACCACCACCAAUUUCAAUCGGCGGCGACGACGAGGCCGAGGCCGAGGCCGAGUCCAGGCGGAUGCGCCUUCCCUACCUCUGCCUCCGCCUCCUUCUUCCCCUCCGCCCAUACGCACCAACCAAAUCCUUCUCUUCCUCUUCCUCUUCCUCUUCCUCUCGUUGGUGGUCAAGAAGCAGAGCAGGGAGCGCCACCAACCACCACCACCACCACCAGAUGUCUUCCGCCGCGGCGGGGGCGGUCGCCGAGGGCUCCGCCGCGCGCCGCUUCUGGAUCGCCGCCUCCUCGCGGGAGGCCGCCUUCGCCUCCUGCACGCCCUUCCUCCUCUCCCUCGCCGCCGGCUCCCUCCCCCUCGACUCCUUCCGCAGCUACAUCGCCCAGGACGCCCACUUCCUCCACGCCUUCGCCCGCGCCUACGAGAUGGCCGAGGAGUGCGCCGACGACGACGAUGACAAGGCCACCAUCACCGCCCUCAGGAAGGCCAUCCUCCGCGAGCUCAACCUCCACGCUUCCGUUCUCCAGGAGUGGGGAGUUGAUCCUACCAAAGAAAUCCCUCCAAACCCAGCAACAACCAAGUACACUGAUUUCUUACUUGCAACCGCCGCUGGAAAAGUCGAUGGUGGGAAAGGUUCUGAUAAAAUUGUCACACCAUUUGAGAAGACAAAAAUUGCUGCAUACACUGUUGGGGCGAUGACUCCAUGCAUGAGGCUUUAUGCAUAUCUGGGCAAAGAACUCACAGUUUUCCUGAAAGAUGAAAAUCACCCAUACAAGAAAUGGAUUGAUACAUAUGCAUCCAAGGAUUUUGAGGGUAAUGCACUCCAAAUAGAAGAGUUGCUUGAUAAACUAAGCGUCUGUUUAACUGGUGAGGAGCUUGAGAUUAUUGGGAAGCUCUACCAACAGGCUAUGAGACUAGAAGUUGAGUUUUUUUCUGCUCAGCUUGUAGACCAACCUGUUGUAGCUCCACUUUCAAGAUAUCGUGAUCCCAAAGACAACAAGCUUGUGAUCUUUUCUGAUUUUGAUUUGACAUGCACUGUUGUUGAUUCCUCUGCCAUUCUGGCGGAGAUUGCAAUUUUGUCACACCAAAAGGCUAGUCAGAGUGGGUCUGAUAAUGCCCUUGACCGUACAAAAUCAGCAGACCUGAGAAGUUCGUGGAAUAUGCUAUCUAAUCAGUACACUGAAGAGCAUGAGCAAUGCAUAGAGGGAUUACUUCCUCCAGAAGAAGCAAAGUCAGUAGACUACGAUCAACUAUACAAAGGUCUGGAAGUGCUAUCCGAAUUUGAGAGACAAGCAAAUUCCAGGGUUAUUGAUUCUGGUGUCCUAAGGGGAAUGAACUUAGAUGACAUCAGAAAAGCUGGGGAGCGGCUUAUUCUGCAAGAUGGCUGCCGGAAUUUCUUUCAGAAGAUUGGAGAGACAAGGGAGAAACUCAAUUUAGAUAUCCAUAUUCUUUCCUAUUGCUGGUGUGCAGAGCUUAUACGGUCAGCCUUUUCAUCAGUUGGUUGUCUAGAUGGAUUAAACAUACAUUCCAACGAGUUUGCCUUUGAGGGAUCCGUUUCAACCGGUCAAAUCAACAGAAAAAUGGAAUCUCCACUAGACAAAGUCAACAAGUUCAAGAGCAUCAAAAGUGAAGUGGACAGCACAACAUCAUCAUUAUCUGUUUAUAUUGGGGACUCGGUUGGAGAUUUGCUUUGCCUGUUGGAGGCAGACAUUGGAAUUGUUGUUGGAUCAAGCACAACCUUACGGAGUGUGGGCAAGCAGUUUGGUGUUUCGUUUGUUCCAUUGCUUCCUGGUUUGGUAGACAAGCAAAGGCGGCUUGGGAAGCAAGAAGCAUCCGUCUUCAAGGCGCGAUCUGGAGUUCUUCAUACAGUUUGUAGCUGGGCUGAGGUACAGGCCUUCGUUCUGGGAAAUGAUUUCAGCUGAUUGUCGCGGUCGCUGGCUGUUCAUUUCUCUCUCUUUUUUCUUUUCAUUGGCAAAAGACUGGUACCAGCUGAUGCACAUGAUACCUGAUGUGGCCAUUUUAUGAAAGCCACAUGCCAAUUUCACCUCCUCCUAUAUGAAUACCCUGUGUUGUGGGACGGUUUUCUUGUCUGUAUGAUCAAUGUGUUGUUGAUUACAGUGGUCGUCUUUCCAUUUGGGAUCAUUUCUGUUUUGUAAUUUGGGGGGUGUGGUUCCUUGUCCUGGCAUUGCAGCAGAAUAGAGUGGCCCCGAGUGUAGCUGUACUGUAAGAUGUUUUUAGCAAUGAAAUUCGAUAUUGCUAUGUGCUUGUGUGUUUGGCAUCAUAUAUAUUCAUCAGUUUUUUUUUGACA